AUUUCUUUAUUCUGUCUUUUCUCAUUAGAUUCUCAUGGAAUGGACCUUUUCGCAGUGGCGGUGCAUGAGUUUGGCCAUGCUAUAGGGCUCGCACACACUUCUGCCAUUGAGUCCAUCAUGCGCCCUUACUACCAGGGGCCAGUGGGUGACCCGCUCAAGUACAACCUCCCGUACGAAGACAAGAUUCGCGUCUGGCAACUUUAUGGUGUUCGGGAGUCCGUAUCGCACACGACGCAGCCAGAUGACCCCUCUCAAACGGCCGAACCUCCCGUCCUGCUUGACCUCCCCAAAAACAGAUCCACGAUACCACCUGCCCAUGAUGCCCCUGACAGAUGCACUAGUUACUUUGAUGCUGUAGCCCAGAUUCGAGGGGAGGCCUUCUUUUUCAAAGGGAAGUAUUUUUGGCGUCUGACGCGUGAGAAGCACCUGGUGUCAUUAAGGCCAGCUCAGAUCCAUCGUUUCUGGAGGGGGUUGCCUGUCAACCUGGACAGCGUGGAUGCUGUAUACGAGAGACCUGGAGACCACAAGAUAGUGUUCUUUAAAGGUGGGAAAUAUUGGGUGUUCAAGGACAAUAAUGUUGAAGAGGGCUACCCACGGGCUGUCACUGACUUCGGACUGCCUGCGGAAGGAGUGGAUGCAGUUUUUGUCUGGCUGCACAAUGAGAAGACCUACUUCUUCAAGGACAACCGUUACUGGCGCUAUGAUGACCAUCUGCGACACAUGGACCUCGGCUACCCAAAAGAUACGGCGCUGUGGAAAGGGAUCCCACCUCAACUGGAUGAUGCCAUGCGGUGGUCAGACAGAGCGUCAUAUUUCUUCAAGGGAAAGGAGUACUGGCGUGUGGCAGGCAGUGAUAUGGAGGUUGAAGCGGGUUAUCCGCGUCCCAUCGGCAAGGACUGGCUGAUGUGCACAGAAAUGCAGUCGGACUCCCCGGAGAUGCAGAACAACUCAAACACCAGGCUUCAUGGGCAGCACCAUGCAGACCAUGCAGAAAAUGGCUACGAGGUGUGUUCCUGCACUUCGGACUCAGCCUCCCCAUUGGGGACGCGACUGACCUUCUCGCCCGCCUGGGUGUUAGCGCCGUUCUGGACACUCACACUCGUUCUCUCCUCUGCUCCUCUCUGAUAAGGGCAGAGCCACAGGCCUGUAGUCAAAAAGACUCCAGGAGCAGAACUUACAGCAGCCUGUGGGUAAAGAGUGUUAAAAAGAUCUGGAAAAGCCUUUUGACAGCACCAGACUGAUGGAAAGGCCUCAGCCCUUCAGUCAAGAGAGGGAUUGGAUCACAUUCACAUUCACAUUUCUUUUUUUUGUGGUGGUG